CUUAUUUUUCGCGGGAAAUGUAUUCCGUUACAUAAAUAAACUACUUUUACGUAAACGUACAGCACACAUGCCAAGAGUAACCCUUUCUGCUGGUAGAACGUUACUGUGUCAAUUUUGGACUGAUGCACGCAAGAGAUUUGUUUUCAUUUCAUUAGAAUUAACAAAGAUGGAAGAUUCUCCAUAUUUUCAACAGAAUAAUAAGGUAACCAGAUCAAAAUUGUCACUCGGUAGACCAACUGUGAGUAAUCAAAUAUUGCAACCGUCAUUAUCUAAAAAACUGCAGGUGAAAAUCAAAGAAGAGCCUGUAGAUGAUAGUUAUGUCGAAACAAUCAGCAGUGUCAAUCAAGGGAGGCCAGAGCAGUUGGUUAAAUGUGAAAACAUUUCCAGUGUAAUUAAGUCGGAAACUGAUGUUAAAGAGAUUAAACAAGAACCACUUGAAUGUUAUCAUGAUAACAAAGAUAGUGGUGCUAUGACAACAAAAACUGUACUUAAGACAAGGAAAAGAGGCAAACAAGUAAUUCAGUAUGAAACAGUUUCAGUAAAAUCUGAACCAACAGAUACAGAUUUCCAGACUACUUCAGAUGACAACCGAAAGAAAAUAAAAUGGGAACCUCCGCUUUGGAAAACACAUCUUGAAAAUAUAAUUGAAAUGAGGAAGGCAUGGAAUGCACCUGUAGACACCAUGGGUUGUGAUGAAAUCAGUGACCGACAUUCAAAGCCAGAGGUGUACCGCUAUCAAGUACUGCUGUCACUGAUGCUGUCCAGUCAAACCAAAGAUCAGGUGACAUCAGCUGCAAUAUCCAGACUUCGGUCACAUGGUUGUACUGUUGACAACAUCCUUAAUACACCUGAUGAUCAACUUGGAAAACUCAUAUACCCUGUAGGCUUCUGGAAGAAAAAGGUAAUUUACAUCAAGAAAACCAGUGCUAUUCUUAAAGAUGAGUACAAAAGUGACAUUCCCAACACAGUACAGGACCUGUGUAAACUGCCAGGGGUGGGACCCAAGAUGGCCUACCUGACCAUGAAGUGUGCCUGGGACCAGGUGGUUGGCAUUGGAGUAGACACUCAUGUGCACCGAAUCUCUAACUGGCUGGGCUGGGUGAAAAAGCCUACCAAGGUUCCAGAACAGACACGCAUAGCUUUGGAAGAAUGGCUACCAAGGGAGUACUGGGGCAAGAUUGAUCUUCUAUUGGUGGGCUUCGGUCAGCAGAUAUGCACAGCCAGCAAGCCAAUGUGUGCUACCUGUCUAAACCAGCAGAUAUGUGCUGUCGGCAGGGCAAAUGUCAAAACCUCAAAAGUCAAACAAGAACAGAUCAAAAUAAAGGAAGAGUCAUAAUCUUAUUUCACAAUGUGAAGAUUACAAGUCUAAGGCAAAAUGUCAUCAUUGGAGCAAGCAUCUGGUGUUGUGUUAACAUUUAGACCAAAAAGUAAAUCUGAAGAUCACAAAAUAUCAAUUACAUGUUUUUCUUUCAUCAUGUACAUGUUAUGAAAAAUAAUAGUUUGAUUUUUGUACACUGUAUAGUGACAGAAUUAUGGUCCUCUAUGCUGGUUAUGAAGUCAGGGAAUCAAAUGUACAGAUUGUAUUAUAUUGUAAUGGUUUGGAUAUAUAGUGAGUCUUUCUAUUCUUUAUAUAUAAGUGUCCUGACCAUACUGAUGCAUGUCUUUGAUUCAUUUGAUAUAGUGACACACUUUUAUAAAUACCAUCUAAAGGAGAAAGAAAAAUGGUCUUUAUAGACAGGUUAGUAAUGAAGAAUCACUCAGAGACACAUACAACUGGUAUUCAUAGUCAGGUGUUAGUUUUAGUCAGGUGGUAACUAUAGAUAAAGAUUAUAAAUAUACAGGUGGCCUCUAGUACAGGUUUGACUGAAUCUUAUAGAGGCUCAUACUGUAUAUAUAUACAGUAGUAAAUGUGUUGUUUAGUUUAAAAAAAAACAUCCUCCAAGGUAAUUGUACUAGUUCCCAAACUUCCAUGUUUGACAACUAUGUCCCAACUGUAAGAGCACUUGUAUACUUGUUGGUAAAGCGCUACUAGCAGCUUAUACUGAUAAAGAUCAAUUGUAUAUCUACCUCAGUAAUGUUAAUGUAGGUCUUAUUCAUUGGGAUGUAUAUUAAUAAAAGAAAUCUGU